GUGAUUGGUCGCUGAAUCACUUAGUGGGAGGCGCUCCAGUCCAAUGGCAGCGGUCAACAUCUGGAAGCGUUUACUCACUCUGCUGCUUACUUUGAAAAGUAUCCCGGAGUACAACUGCAACUUGAAAAUGUCUUUCGUAAAAAUUCACGAAAAUUCAGACUUUUCCUACCAUAAUUUACCAUACGGAGUGUUUUCCACACCGGAUAAUCCCAGACAUCGAAUUGGUGUUGCUAUUGGAGAUCAGGUAUUGGACCUGAGUGUGAUUAAGUCAUUCUUCAAUGGACCCUCCUUGUCCGCACGCCAGGAUGUCUUCGACCAGCCGACCCUGAACGCCUUUAUGGGUCUCGGUCAUGAGGCCUGGCGAGAAGCGCGCAGAACCGUGCAGACGCUGCUGUCUGCUAACGAGACCAAGCUGAGAGAUGACGCCAACCUCCGGAGCAGAGCAUUUGUGCCUCUGAGUUCAGUCAAGAUGCAUCUUCCUGCUGAGAUAGGUGACUACACGGAUUUCUACUCCUCCAAAGACCAUGCCACUAAUGUGGGCAUCAUGUUCCGGGGGAAGGAGAACGCCUUGAUGCCCAACUGGUUGAGGCUGCCAGUGGGCUACCACGGCAGAGCGUCCUCAGUGGUGGUGUCUGGGACGCCCAUACGCAGACCGUCUGGCCAGAUGAGACCAGACCCAUCAAACCCUCCUGUGUUUGGUCAGUCCAAGCAGCUGGACAUUGAGCUUGAGAUGGCCUUCUUCGUAGGAGGAGGUAACCGUCUGGGAGAACCCAUCCCCAUAGACAAGGUCCACCAACACAUCUUUGGCAUGGUGCUGAUGAACGACUGGAGUGCCAGAGAUAUCCAGGCAUGGGAGUAUGUCCCUCUUGGGCCUUUCCUUGGGAAGAACUUUGGGACCACCAUCUCCCCCUGGGUGGUCCCCAUGGAGGCCCUGAUGCCCUUCGCUGAGCCCAACGCUGUGCAGGACCCCGAGCCCCUCCCCUACCUUCGCCAUGACGAUGCCUACACCUUCAACAUUAACUUGUUUGUGUCAGUGAAAGGUCAGGAAUCAAUGCACACACAAACACACACAAACACACACAAACGAAUGGGUUUGUUUCCAAUCCAAUUAAACAGGUGCCCACUCACAUUA